AUGAAAAAAAGCCCAUUUUGUUUUCGUUUCUUUGGCACAAGAAGUGUGCAAAAAGUAUCCACCUCUGGUUCGAAGCAAAUCCUUAACAGUGAAUGUCUUCAACAUGUAUUCUUAUUUCUCACCGAUGAUAACCGAGCGCUUCAUUCUUGUUUGUUCAUAAAUAAAUUCUGGAGCAGAAAUGUUAUCCCGGUGUUGUGGAAAUGCCCUUUUCGACGAUGGAAUUUGUCUUCUAAUAAUGAUUAUUUACAAAGCGGCGCUUCAUCACAGAAUUAUCUGCCCUCAAAUCGUUCCUCAUCCCAAAGUCACUUUUCACAAAAUCGUUCCUCAUCCCAAAGUCAUUUUUCACAAAAUCAAACAGUUCAAGAUGAUAAUUCGCCAUCAAGAAGCAUCACAAAACUUUUGUUGGUCUACCUAUUAUGCUUAGAAAAGAAUGAAAGGAAAAUACUGAAGAAUGCGUUGAAAACAGCAAAAGUCAAAUUUCCAAAGCCCAAAUUCCGUUCCACAUACUAUCACUAUGCGACCUAUUUACAAGAUCUUUCUCUGCGGAAUUUGGAACAUGCUGUUAUCAUUUUAUUAAGAUCAUUAAGUAAAAGAAAUAACAAAAAUAAGGGCAAUAAUAUGAAGUUCCAAAUAGAAUUUCUCACUACUACUCUAUUUAAGUUAUUUCUUCGCCAAGCCACUAACCUCCAUACACUAACUAUCGAUAAAUUUCUCGAGUUUACCGAUAUUCCCGGAACAUCUGUAUUCUCUAUACCCGCUUGCUUAUCACGAGUCGAAAAAUUUGAAUUGAUUUUUCACAAAACACCUAACUUUCUCCUGCUACUCCAAACAUUACCUUCUAUCUGCACAAGUAUCAGGAAUCUCAGCAUUACGUUUCCGCCAGCAGCAGAUAUUGGGAAUGAAGCCACGGAUUUGGAAAGCGAUAUAAUGAUAGGGGAUAGUCUGUCAAACAUCAUUAAAUCGCAAAUGAACUUACGAGAAUUUCAUCUCAAGGGUGGAAACUCGGUCAUUGAAAAGCUCUUUUCCUCCUUACAAUGUCAGUUCAAGAGCUUACGUACCUUGGAGUUCAAUUCGGUAAAUCUCUCCGGUGCCAGCUUAAGGUACUUGAGUGCAUGCCAGACCUUGAAAUCGCUGACUCUCUGGAAUUGUCAGGGGUUUUCAAUGAAUGAGGCCAAGAGUCUGGUGAGUUCCAAGUAUCGAUUGCGAGAAUUGCGGUUAUGGUCGUCCCGUAAAUCUCCCGGUGUGACGGCGACAAUAAUUAAGCACGUGGGGAGAACCGUUAAGAAAUUGUGGGUGGAUGUGUUAUCAUUGGAAACUAUUCAUGCUAUUAGUAACUAUUGUCCGAUAGUGACUGAUGUUAGAAUAUUGGAUUAUUUGCCGAAACAACAUCCCUUUCUGGUAAGGUUGUUAAAGGAGACGCGCAUAGAGAGACUAACUAUUUCUAGAGAAAUGAACGUUGGGCCAGGUGUCAUCAACCUUAUAGGGCAAGAUCUCCCGGAAGAACUAAAAUAUUUAAAACUAGAUUGUGGGGUGGACGUGAAACAGUUAGAGGAUUUAUUAUACGGGUGCAAGUGUGAAUUGAAAAUUCUGAUAGUGAAAUAUUUUAAAGUGGAACUAGCGCAUUUAAAAGUAAUCUCGGAAUUUGCGAAGUCACAAAAGAGUUUAAGGGUAAUAGGAGUUGGAGGGAAACAGGAAUAUAGUGAGAAAGAAUUGUUGGAAUUGAAGAUGAUGCGUGAGAAUUAUGGAAUCUUUAUAAUUCCGUUGAGUGAAUUAGAUUUUUGGUAA